ACCAAGAUGGCAGCCGGCAGCUCGGCGCGCUGGCUCGGGGCGGCCGCUGCCGUCGCCGCUGCCCGGAGCCGCGGGCCUGGGGAGAGGCGGCUGCCGCUCGUCUGGCUCGUCCGUGGGCUCAGCCUCCCGCCGCCGCACCGCGCCACCGCCGCCCGCCGCCUCCUGCCGCUCUGCGCCGGGCUCUGCGCGGCGGGUACGAAGCGCGCUGCCGCCGCCGCCGCUGCCUCCUCCUUUCACAGCAGCGCCGGGGCCCGGUCCAAGGAGGACUAUUACCAGGUGCUCGGAGUGCCCCGCACCGCCACGCAGAAGGAGAUCAAGAAGGCCUACUACCAGCUGGCAAAGAAGUACCACCCUGAUACAAACAAGGAUGACCCUAAAGCUAAAGAGAAGUUCUCCCAGCUGGCAGAAGCCUACGAGGUGCUAAGUGAUGAGGUGAAGCGGAAGCAGUACGACGCGUACGGCACAGCGAGUUUCGAGGCUGGCGCAACUGGCUCUGGCACUGGUGCUGGGCAGCAGUACUGGAGCAGUGGUCCCUCCAUCGACCCAGAGGAGCUGUUCAAGAAGAUCUUUGGAGAGUUCUCAGGAUCCUCUUUUGGCGAUUUUCAGAAUGUCUUUGACCAGCCUCAGGAGUACAUCAUGGAACUGACAUUUACCCAAGCUGCAAAAGGUGUCAACAAAGAGAUUGUGGUGAACAUCAACGACUCCUGUGAGCGAUGCCAUGGUAAAGGACAUGAACCUGGCACCAAGUCACAGCGCUGUCACUACUGCAAUGGCACUGGCAUGGAGACCAUAAACACCGGCCCUUUCGUGAUGCGGUCGACGUGCCGGCGGUGCGGCGGUCGCGGCUCCAUCAUAACCACGCCGUGUGUAGUGUGCCGAGGAACAGGGCAAACCAAGCAGAGGAAGACAGUGAUGGUUCCUGUGCCAGCUGGCGUUGAGGAUGGGCAGACAGUUCGGAUGCCUGUGGGGAGGAAGGAGAUUUUCAUUACAUUCAGGGUUCAGAAAAGUUCUGUGUUCAGAAGGAAUGGAGCAGAUAUCCACUCAGACCUCCUCAUUUCCAUAGCACAGGCUGUUCUGGGAGGCACAGCCAGGUGUCAAGGCUUGUAUGAGACAAUCAAUAUCACAAUACCCCCUGGUAUUCAGCCAGACCAGAAAAUCCGAAUGAGUGGGAAAGGCAUCCCCAGGGUGAACAGUUAUGGCUAUGGAGACCACUACAUUCACAUCAAGAUUAAAGUUCCACAGAGGCUGACAGAUCGCCAGAGAGCCUUAAUGAUGAGCUACGCCGAGGACGAGGCGGAUGUGGACGGCACAGUGAACGGGGUCACAAACACAGCAUCGGGUGGAAGGGCCAAGGCUAGUGCUGGCGCAGGCGGGGAUAGGCCUGAGGCUGAGGAGAACAAGGAGGGAUUCCUCUCCAAACUUAAGAAAAUGUUUAGCUCCUGACACCCCAUCCGAGGGAAGCGGUCUACUGGAAACUAAGAGCCAGCAGCAGCUCGUCUGUGCAGCCCGGAGUGAACCUUUCUGGCAGCAGGCUCUGGAGAGCAAAGGACAUCAGGCAGCAGCAGCGUGAGAGUCCUGCUGGAGAGGCUAAAGGCACUGAGGCACCAGCCAGCACCACCCUACCAAACCCACCCACAACCUAGGAGAUGGUAACAAAGGAGAAUGGCAAGAGUGUGGCUCUUUCGAGGCUGCUGCUGCUGGAAGAUUUAUUUGGUAAACGUUGAAAUGUUCUUUAGAGUCAAAAGCCCGGGGGGGAGGGGAGUUGUGUGAAAUAAAACGGGCCCAGAGCAGUUUGCUGUGUGGAGUCCUUCCUGGCACUGCCUGCUCCUUGCUCAGGUGCCCUUCUGAAUGUAGAUGUGCUGGGUCACUGUGCCACCAGUGCCCUUCUCCAGGAUACUGGUGGGUGGGAGGUCUCCCUGGGGCUGGGACUCAUCCAAGCCCAGCACUAGGCUGUAGUCCUCCUGAGUCUCUGCAGAGAGCAGCCCCUAAAGCUGUGCUUUGCCUCAGGUUUGCCUGCCCUCCCCCCCCCCCCGACUUAACUAAUUUAAAGUUACCACACAGCUGCUGUUGUCGCUUCUGAGUGGGUAGAAGAUCAUCACCAAGCCCUGUGCCAGUUUGGGACAAAGUCUUUUAUUACCUUAGUACAACACCCAUAGCAUAAAGGAUUGGUCAAAGAUACAUGUGUGAGAUAGAAGUGGCUGGCUCCUUCCAGCCAGUGAGUGUGUUUGUGGUUCCUGCAGCCUCUGCUGCUGUUAGUGCUUCUGUGCAGGUCCCACCAGCCCGACCAGGGAAAGCAGGAGCUGCUCUAGGCUUGCCCUUCCUGAUUUGCUGAAAUAAAGCACACAUUGCCUCCUGAUUAAAUCUGUCUGUAAAGUGACUCUGUAUCCAUGUAAAUAAGAUUGACUUCAUAAAGAUAUUUAACACCU